AUGACUGCAAUUCGUGCGACCAGCGACAAUGAGGUUGUGAAGUCAGAGGCGCCGAUUCAGCCGACCGUAUUCUACGGCGGCAACAGCUACACAGAAUCAGAGUGGGCCGCGGCAGUGAGGAGUGGACGCGUCGCUGACACACAACCGACGCCUUCUACCAGCGAUGCAGGCUCAGUUCCCAACAUAGGGGAUAUCAUGGCGUUCUCUGGCCCAGCCCCGGAGAGGACCAAUGGCAGGCUCGCCAUGCUGGGCUUUGUGGCAGCAGUCGCUGCAGAGCUUGUCUCAGGCAAGGGAGUGCUCUCUCAGUGGGCCCAGGAGCCUACACUGAUCACAGUCACAUUCGUGCUGUUUGCUGCCGGCUCGCUCGCGCCGCUGUUCAAGAAUGCUGACAAGGGGCAGUCGCUCGGGCCCUUCACUCCUUCAGCAGAGAUCAUCAACGGCCGCGCAGCCAUGAUCGGCUUUGCCGCCCUCAUUGGAAUCGAGGCACUCAAGGGCUCAGCCCUCUUCUGA